AUGGGAAUUUACUGUUUCAGAACUCUAAAUUAUCUAGACACUAUAAGAGUACCACUUGGAUAGUUUGAUUUGCACAACAAUGAUGUUUUUAUAAAUCUAGAAAACUUCUCAAAUUAACUGUUGAAUUAAAUAAUUUAAUAUAGGGACUUACAAGAAUAAGAAAUUUCUAGCUAUUUACAAUCUGUUUAAACUUAUUUACAAGAUAUUCUUUUUAUAGGAUUAAUUUUUAUUUUAGCUUAUUUUGUUAUCUUAUUUGUUCUAUACUUAAAAACUCUUUUUUACUAUUAUGAAGUUCCUUCAAUUUUAACCACAAUUCCACUUUCGUAAGUCAGACAUUAAGUUAAAAGAUGUGAACAAUUUUUAAGUAACUCAUCAACUUUAGAAGAAGAGGAUUUUGCAUUAAAUGAGAUGAAUUAAGAAUAAAAAAAUUAAGAUUUACCCAAUAAAUUUGAGAAUCUUAAUGAAAAUGAAAAUUAAAAUCAUUAAGAAUAAAUUUUGAUACAAAAUUCUAACUAAUAAGACAAUAAUAGUGUCUAAUCAGAGAGAUCUAAUUUACAAUAAAGAAGUGAAAAACAUGCUUAAAAAUAAGAAGAAUCUUACAAUAACACUGAAACAGUAUUUAACUUAAGAGGCAUAACAAGUUAGAACGUAAGACCAAUAAAAUACAGUCUACUAAAUAUUUUGCUACUAAUGCCAUUCUUUUUUUAGAUAAUUUUAUUUUCUACUUUUAUAGCUGUUGAAACCAGUUUAACUUAAAAUUUUACAACUAACUUGUAGAAUUUUUAUUCAGAACUUGCUUUCAGCUUAAAACUAGAACCAAACUUUAUGCUCUUAUUUAAUUGUUUAAAAAGCCAAACAAUGGCUAAUAACUAUAUUGGAGUCAGAUAGGUUUAUGAACCAAUAGUUUAUUUCAACCGAAAUAUUAACUAUAUGUAUGAUUUAAUGGAUAAUUUAACUUACAUUCACUAUAAUAACUAUAAUAAUUUACCAUCUUCUUAUUAGACUUAGUUUGAUUCAUAUUUCUCUAAAAAUCCAAGCAUUUGUGACCAACUCUUUUAAAAGUAUCCAUAAAAUAUUAACUUAACUGAGUGUAGCAGUUUUUUGAAUGGAAAAUUUAACGAAGGAAUGAACAUAAACAUAGAGCAUUUAAUAACAUAAAUGAUAGGCUAUUCUUAAACUAUAACAAGCGGUGGCAUUUAAUUACCAUACAAAUAAUCUAUGAACUCAUAAAUGUAUGAAGUCUAAACAAUAUGUACUUAUUUGAAGUUUGUUAUGAGAGAGCUAAAUAAUCUUUUUGUUAAUGGAAUAUAGCAGCUAUUCAAUAACUUAAACAUAGCAAGAAUAGCUAUUACUAUAACAAUCUGUUCUCUUUUAUUUUGUGUGUUUUUAUUUGUCUCUCUUCCUAUUAUUUAGAAGAUAAAAAACCAGAUAUUUUCUCAGAGAUUGCUCUUUUGCUUACUACCUAAAACCUUGAUAUCCUAAAAUAGGCAUAUUAGGUAGUAUAUAUGA